AUGCAGCUGCUCAAGUGGUCAUCGAGAGCAACUGAGGCCUCGCGCGGGGCUUGCGCUGCGGAAGAUGCCGCUGGGGACGGCGCCGUGGACGGGCCUGAAGGGCCCCUGUCCCUCGGCGAGUCCGUCUGCUACCUCUUCACGCUUACGCUGAUAUGUUGCUACGACGCGGUCGCUCGGCUGGUAUCCUCGCCUUUCAAGUGGCUGAACGAGCGAAUCGUGUCCUACGACAUCGACCGCCCUGACGCGAUCGUGGACUUCAUCCGCUUCAUCCUCAUGGAGGAAGGCCUCGAGGAUGCGUCAACGGCGAGUGCCUUGCCGGCUCCCGGCGUGCGCCGAAAGCGCGAACAAAGCUCGGUGGGGGGGGGAUCUCGGCAGCCAGUCGACUCCCACCGCGAGCCUCGCCUUUUUGCGGGGCGGGCCUGUGGCUACGCUUCUCAGGCGCCUGACGAGCGCAACAGCAUGGAGGGCGUCCGCAUCGUGGUCCGCUCGCUUCUGGCUUGCACACGAAGUCUCGUGCUUCUCUCGGCCUUCUUGAGCCUGGUCUUUGUCAUGUUUGCGCUCAUUUUCUCUCGGAUCAUGCGCGUCGGCUACGUGCCGCCGGACAACCCCAACGAGGUCCUGUAUACGUUCCAGACUUUCUUUGAAGCCUCGAUAGGCGUCUUCGUCCUCGCCACCAACGAGGGCUGGCCGCUGCUGCUCUCCAGGCUCCUCGACCGCAAUCCCACCCAGCAAGUCGCUCUGUCGGUUCUCGUCUUCCUCUUCAUCUCGGCAGUCUCGAUCUUCGGGGUCAAGAUGUGCGUGGGCAUCAUCGUUGACGCGUCCCGGAGGAAGAAGGCUCGCAUGGAGAUGGAAGGAAGUCUGCUCAGCGCGACGGUACACAAGUGGAUUGAAAUUCAGGAGCUCCUCUUCAACUCGGCGCUCCAGCACGGCGACACCAUGCCAGACUUCACCGGGGUCGACAGCAAACGGCUCGCGAUGGCAAGGAAGAAAGCUGCUGCACUGAUAACAAGCGGAUGCUUCAGAAUGGCCGCUGCCGUCCAUACGUGCCUGUGCUGUCUCCUUCUUUUCUUCUACGGCCCGUGGUACGACAUGACACUCGGGCCCCAUCGGCAGGGCCGACGACUUGAGCUCCACAUCGCCAUUGUGUGUCUUUCUGCUUUCUUUUUCAUCGAAAUCGGUACGAGAAUCUUUGCUCGCGGCCGUCUGUUUUUUCGCGAGGCGUUGGACAUCCUCGACGUUGUUCUUUGCUGCCUGCUCGCUGGGACCUUUGGCGUUGGCAUCGUUUUGUGGAUGGGGUGGGACUGGCGCGUGGACGCACUGACCUCCUGGCUCCUAAGUUUACGCCUCUUCCGGAUCGCGCGCUUCCUAUACCGCCAGAUGCCCUUUUUCCAGACGUUAUUUACAACGAUCUCGCGAGUUAUGAAGAGCUUCCUCAGCGUGCUUACGCUUCUGGGCCUCUCGAUUUUCUUCUUCGCCAUCUGGGGGGUCGUCCUCUUCAGCGGCGCCCCAGUAGAAACGUACUUCAAUCGCCACGCAAACUUCAAAAUGCUGCCGAGGGCCGUGAUGGCGCUGAUAGGCAGCUGCACUGGCGAGGACUGGCACAUGAUUCUUCAGCAGCUGCGGAUGCACUACACCGCGACAGACCAGAAACUGCUCCGCGUGACAGUUGUGGUCUUCUUCAUUUCCUUCAUCGUCCUCGUUUUUUUCAUCCUCAUGGAUCUCUUCACCACCGCUGUCCUCGACGAAUACAUGGACACAGUGAAGGACGAGAACUUGUGGAAGAUUUCGUGUCAGAAACGCGUCUUGAUUGAACGCUGGAACCCCAAGAACGAGCUCAGCACGAACUACAAAAGCCUCACUGACAUGAUCGCCCUCCUGAGGACGAUCGACCAGCCAAUGGGCAUAAAGCACCGUUUUCACCCCGAUGAGAAACGGCAGAAAGUGCUCAAGUACAUCGCCAAAUACGGCCUUCCAGUCUACGCUGGGGCGCGAGUCCAUCUUCGGGACGUGGUUCUCAACUGCGCCAAGCGAGCGUGCGAAUUCCACGCCAUGAGUCACGGCGUCAUGGACAUGCAGGACGGCCAGGUCGAGCUGAAUCCGCGCCUCAUCAGCAGUUGGAUGGGGAAGUUUCCCGAGCUUGCCCACGUGGAGACCAGGUACGACCUUCGCCACCACUUGGCCGCGGAGACGCUCCAGAGCUGGUUCCGAAGACAGCGCAUGCGACUCCACGGAAAGCUCGCGAACCCAGAGUGGUGCGCCGCUCGGUUUGUGUCUUUCGUGAUGGAGAGUCGAACGGCCCACCUCCGCCGGCCGAGCGGCCGCGCAGGGCACCGCGCAAGCCAGAUCGAUCGUAGAUACAGUGGGGUCGCGAGGCGGCGCAGUUGGCGGCGGUCUCGAGUGGACUCUGCAGCUGGAAGCUCGCAGCUCUCUGCGACAGCGUCUGGCGGCAGCUCGGAAGCCCUGCCGCAGCCAGAGAGACUUCAUCUUAGGGGGGCAGGCGGGUCAGACCAGGUCAGAAUGAGCUUGCCAGAGUCCAUUUCGACGCGUGGAAGCGUUCCCGGGUCGAGCUCCAACAGCCGCCGGGGAAGCAUCAUGACAGGCACCGACGUUGACCUCGUGCCCCGCGUCCUCUUCGAGUCCUGCAUGCUGGUACCUGAGGGCACGACCACAAAGGAAACCAGCUCGAGAGAACGUCUCAGCGCACGCUCUGCCAGUCGAAGCGAUAGUCUGCCGCAAGUUGCGUCAGUGGAGAGCUCCCCGAGUGACCGCCACCUCACAACAUGCAUCACUACCCACCUUUCACAGUCAGAAGAUCCCUGA